GAAUAUUAGCUUCGUUCGAGUCCUCGUCCUCAGAUUACAUACUCGCAUUCUCAAGUCUAUUCAUUUUGCGAUAUCUGCGUCUCAAGUUCUCACAAAACUCAUUCACAUUCGUAUUUCUACGAUCCUCGGUCGAUUGUUGCUCUCGCAGUGCCAUUUUUGUGCGAUUAGAAAUUUAAGAGUGAAUUUAUCAAUCUGUGUUGACCGAUUUCGGGAAUAAUUCAGUUGUUGCAGUACCGGCCGGCGUACCAUGUCUUUGUGAAUAGGAAGAUUGCAGUACAAGGAAUUUUAUUUACGAAAAAAUGAACAAGAGAACGUCAGGAUCGUUUGGGGGCCAGAAUGGAGAUGAUUCUGGCAUUUUUGAUCACGAUAGGAACCCUGGGGGAGCCUCAGCACAUUCGGAGAGUCGCAAACGGAUAUCAAUUUCAGAGUACAAACAGAGAGGAAAGAAGCCAGAGGAAGUUGCGUUGAAGAUUGCCGCCAGUACCCUCAACAACAACGACAUCAACUUCAAAAUCGCCCCGAACCCUUCUUCCUCCGUGCCUCAACCAAUGCCCAAAGUCGCCCAGACGAACGGCCAGAUAGUCUUCAACAGUAUCGAAGACUACUACGCCCACGUCUACUGUCUGUCACGCCAGGGUCAGCUGCCUAUCCUUCCCCAAAUGCAGGGCCACCUUCAUCCCCAAAAUAACGCUCCCAUCCCGCAGCCCCUUGGUGCGACAUACCCCUACUGGGGUCAGCCCUCCCAGCCACCCUUGACAAAGCCCAUAGAGUCACGAAUUCCCCGAGUCAACGACUGGAGCGACACGAAUAAUCGUGUCGAAUCAUCAAAUCCUUCUUACCAAGUGCCCAUGCAUAAUGGGGAGUCUCCGACCUCUCGAUUCCACGCUCCUGCACCCCAGGAGAAGACCCCGAAGAUGACCCCAGCGUCAGCUCUCAACGAUCCCAACGAGGCGACUUCGUACAGAGAAUGGAGGAAGAGAAAAUACGGGACUGAGGAUGCACCCACUCCCACCAACUCCAAUGCCUCGAAAUUCCGGAAAGCUGAUAACUGGAAGGACAAGGGAGGCUCUCGAAACGAUCGUCGUAGUCGUCAGGGUCCGAAGAAGCAGGACGACUGGGGCACCUCAGGGGCAUCCUCAAGGACUUUGGACUCCUGGGAUAAUGAUUCUGCGAAACCCCAGAGUUCAGAGAAUUUGGAGUCCUGGGACGAUGAUGCACCAGCACCGACACCAGCUUCUAGCGGUUUGGCACUGGAGUCGUGGGAUGAUGGACCAGCACCAGCGCCCAAUACGGACUUGCUGAGCAAUUUGGAAAACUGGGAUGAUGACACACCCGCGCCUGUGGCUAACACCAAUUUAGAUAAUUUGGAAAAUUGGGAUGAUGGUGAUGCUGCUCCUGAACCCAGUGCCGCUCUACCGAGUGUAUCUUGGGGGAAUGGUUCUGCGGGGGGGCCCGCAGCUGCGACGAACGCAGUGCAGAAUGGUCUGGAGUCCUGGGACGAUGGUGAGGCACCUCCUGUACCUAGCACUGAUUGGGGUCAGCCUUCAGCCCCCCCACCUUCUUCGAAGCCCAUCCAGGAUGGCCUGGAAUCCUGGGACGAUGACACUCCCGCACCUCAAGUUUCGAAGGAAGUGUUGAACGCCUGGACAAACAAUAUCCCGCUACAAGCCAAUGCGCGAUCGAACAGCUGGAAUUCAGAUAAUCAAAACUCCAGAAACAACGAGUGGGAUUCGAAUCGACCCCAGAGGAACUUCCGAGACAACAAGAACAAUGGAAAUAGAUUUAAAAACGGCGGAGAUCAACGAUCGAGAAGUGGUUCCCGUGACUACAGAGGCGACAGCAGAUCCAGUGACACCUCGGAUUCAGGCUACUCGAAUCGUCAGGGCUACCGAGGAAACCGGGGACGACCGCGAUCUGGCUCUCGUGACUCUGGCAACUGGGGGAGAAACGACUCCAGAGAUAGAUCUGACAAUCGUUCCUGGAACAAGCGAAACAACUUUGGAGGCAAUAACAAUGACAGGAGAAACUCCAGGUCUUCCUGGGGACAGCCUGAGCCCCCACCAGAGCUUCCAUCUAUUGAAACCGUUGGGGAGUCCUGGGACGACGAUGCGGCGCCACCUCAACCCAGUAAAGAGUUCGCUGCAUCCUGGGGAGGGCAGACACACGAUGAGGCUCAGAAUCCCUGUGGCAAUUCUUUUGGGCCGAGUAGUAGUGGAAAUUGGAGUGCUCCUAUUAUUGCAUCUGCACCUAUUGCUGCCGGUCUGGAGUCGUGGGAUGACGAUGUAGCUCCGCCAGAGGCUAGACAACAUCCUGAGGCAGAGCCUUCAGCAGCUGGUGAGAAUGCUACCAGCAAGAUGAGCGAUAUGGUUCGGGCACUGUGCACCACCUGCACGUUCGAGAUUAUUCAUCGAUGUAAAUUCGAAAGAGAUCCCUCUACCAGCGAAGAACUGAAGCCUGGGGAACUCUUCACCUGCGUCUGUGGCAUGGCUUUCCUCCAUGAACGAGAUUGCAUCAACAAGGUUGGGGAGAACUACGCCCCCAUCACAAUGGAAACGAGUCUCAUGAAGCAAGUGGGCAGGACUCAUGUUUAUCUCUGCAAAGUCUGCGACUUCAAGUUUAUUAUUGAGAAUUUGAAGGAUGGCAGCCAUUUCUUCAAGCAGAUGACCACCAAGAAGGGGAAUAAGAUAAGACAGGGGACUGCUAUCAACGAUCCUGUUGGACUCGAGGCCUUCACGUUUCAUAUUGAGAAGAUUAAUAGCAUUGCUUGUCUCGGGGUCGGUGCGGCUGUUCUUGACGCUUCUUUCAAACAUAAGAUGGCCAGCACUUGCCAGUGCAAUCAGGGAUGUUGCACUGUUUAUCAUGAGUGCGCGGCGUACAGCGGGCUGUUGGAGGAGGGCGAGACGAUUUGAGUGCGUUGAAGUCGAGGGGGGUUUUGAGAACCAGGGAAAUCAUUCGUAGCUUACACUGAUGAUUUUUUUUUAUGAGGGCGUCUACUUACAUUCAAAAAAUCGUAGCUUAAAAAGUCUCAGACGAACUACAUCUCACACUUGAAUAAAAAUCUUAUGCUGAUAAAUUUGACAUUUCUCUCAAAGAUUUUUCUUUGCUCAGAAAUUCUACUCCUGAAAAUCUUUAAGCCACGAUUUUUCUUGAUCCAAGUGGCUCGAAUUUUCGAAAAAAAAAUCUUUUUCUCAGUGUAACGACUCGACUAUUACUGCCUUCAGUCCAAAAAUGAAUCACUGGACUCAAUUUAAGAAAUCAUUUUCCGAUUCUCUCGUUCUCCCUUCUCCACAAGUUGUCAUUCGCAAUUAUCUUUUUAGUUUACCGCUUGGUUGAUAGGGAUUUAUUCAAACAAAUCUAGCGUCAACUUUAGGAAGCUUGUUUUAUGCUCCUGAACAAUCAGUCAAAGAAGAAUACGACGGCAAGUGCCUUCGACCAUUCGACGAAGUAAAAAUCUUUAAAAAAAAUCACACUCAUGGUUUUUUGGCUCAGUAAUUAUCAGGCACUUUAAUAAGUAUCAAGCAUAUUUCAGAUUUCCGAUUAUUUUUUCUUUUCGAAUGAAGACACUAAAGCCUAUAAAUGAAAAUAGUCAAUCGAUCAAAGCAUUAGAUAUACAGCCGUAGCCGUUGCCAAGUUUUUUAUGGAUUUUAUAAUUGGAGUGUUUGUGAUUAUUGAGUCGAGUGCCUGUCGAUGCAAUCAGGAAUUGCUGACGGGUCAGAAUAAACAAAACGACGAUAUUGAUAUCAAUGGAGACGACAUCCUCAUAGACGUUUAGGUUGUAUAUUUUGCGUAGUCUAUUUAGUUUAACGAAUGAUGCUCAAAGUCUCUUGAAAAUCAUCGGAUUAUCCAAAGACAAAUAAAACGCUGCAAAAAUCUGGCUUCGAAAAGAAGACAGAAACUUUUGCAACGUAAUAUUUGCAAUUAUCAGUAGAUUUAUAAUAUUUUCGUGCAGUAACUAUGUAAUAAACACUAAAUUCAAUGGA